UUACAAAACUAUAGUAACCAAAACAACAUAGUACCGACAUAAAAGAGACACAGAGACCAAUGGAACACAAUAGAGAACUUAGAAAUAAAUCACAUAUUUACAACCAACUGACCUUCAACAAAGGUGCCAAGAACAUAAUUCAAUAAAUGAUACUGGGAGCUGUGAGGUUCACCCCACUGCUGCCCCAUGCCGAGCACGGCUGGGCACCUCUGGCACCCCACUCCACUGUGCACUCCAGUCCCACCGCCACAUUUCCCCCCAGCCGGUCCAUGGCUGCAGAGCUGUUUCAUCUGCCCCCAGAUCAGAAUCCAGCCGCUCAGCACCCCCGAGAGAGCAAGUAGGCUGGAAAGAUGUGGAAGGGGCCAGUUCUGCUCUUCAUUUUGGGAAGUGCACUGCUCUGGGUCCUGGCAGGAGGCGCUAGCAUGAGCCAGCCAGAAGAUGACAUUGAGACUCCUGGUGUAGAAAAUGGCUUUAUAAUGCCAAGUGCAGAAGAUGUGGCAACCCCAGGAGCUACUGAAGAGCCCUCUAAGCCUGCUGGCCCAACAACCCUGGUGGCAACAAGUGCAAAGAACACAACGAACCCUGACAUUGAGGAUCUGCCAACCCUGGAAAGCACAGUCCAUGCCAAAGAAGAGAGCCAGAGCACCACAGUCCCAAAUGUGAUGGCCAGCCACUCCACAGACACAGUGAGUGGAGAGACGUGGAUAACAAUUGAAAAAGAUUGUUUGACGACAGUGACCCUGGUUGGAAUCAUAGUUGGGGUCUUACUAGCCAUUGGCUUCCUUGGUGGGAUCAUCAUUGUGGUUAUGAGAAAAAUGUCAGGAAGGUACUCACCCUAAGAGGUGAAGGAUCAUGCUCCACUAUCAACACACAUUAAAAAGAGAAUUUCUGACUUCCCCUCACCUCUGUCCCUGAGCUUGUGGGAGAAGAUGACCCAUGGAAUGCCUGCCCACCCCAUUCAAAAUCCAUAGCAAUCCCUCCCCUUGCCACACGUAACUGAAGGAAAGACAGUUCACCGAAGGAAAAGCUUAGGCUCCUCUAAGCAUUUGCCUUUUGACAAUUUUCUUGAAUAUAAAUUUUAUAAAAGAUGAUUUAAAAGACAAACUGCCUAGA